AUGAAUACUAUCAGAUUUUUAAAAAAAGUACCACUUCGUCAAUUUCGUACAUUUUCACAAUGCACAAUUUUACAACAAGAAGUGAGUCAAGCAGCAAGCAAUCUAACAAUUCCACCACCUGAGGGGGUUGACAAACCUGUAUCCCCCAAAAUCGAAAAAUUAGUAACCGAAAUAACAAAUCUUAACUUGCUGGAAGUAUCGGAGUUGAGCCAGAUUUUAAAGAAGAGGCUAAAUCUCCCCGAUGCUCCAGUUAUGCCUGUAGGAGGCUUCUCAAUGGCUGCUGCUCCACCACAAGAGGAAGAAGAAGCUGCGCCGAAAGCUGUUAAAACUAAUUUCACUGUCAAAAUGACUAAGUUUGAUGAGAAGCAAAAGGUAGCACUAAUUAAGGAAGUUAAGAGUCUACUUGAAGGUUUUAACUUGGUGCAGGCCAAGAAGUUUGUUGAAAGUGUACCCACAGUUGUAAAAGCUGACAUUUCCAAAGAUGAAGCUGAAAAAUUAAAAGAAGCCUUGUCCAAAGUUGGCGCUGUUAUAGAAAUUGAUUAG